UAUGGAACAUAUUUGAUUGUCACAUUAAACUAAAGAUAAAAUUGAUUAUUAUGGGAAGUUAUUUGCUAAUUUGAUUUGUUAUGAGACAGUACGUGACCAAAUGAAUGCGCAGUUGGUGUCGUGAAAGCAUCACAGACACGUAUCUUUACUGGACGUGAUAGUGACCAAUUUAAUGCAUUACUCAGUUGAUAAUCCGCUGUGCCUGUCUUCAAGUGUAAAAGUGUAGUAUAAAUUUGUGUACCAUUCUCAGUGAUAUACCUUCAUAUGAUAACGGGAUUAACUUAACGAUACACUAAAUGUGAACACGCUUUUUCUUGAAUGAAAAUGGCAUUCUCAUCCGUCACGAAGGCGAAGGAAUAUCUCAAGACAAUUAGUAAAAUCUACAGCAAUUACUACAUGCAAGAUGAUUGCUCUGUUGAGAUAUCGAGUGUGUAUGAAGAUACGCGUCCUCGGGAACCAGAAUACUUAGCUCCCUUACGCGAAUGGGAAAAGAAAAUGGGAUUUGUAACAGCAAUUCGUUGGACGAGUGCUAUACCUAUUGUAAUCUUCCAUUUGAUUACUGCUUUAUCAAUUAUUUAUUCUGUUAUUGUAGGCAGUAUACCUAAAUGGCAAACAUUUCUGUUUGGAUACUUUAUGGGUCAAGUCGCAGGAUUCGGUGUGACUGCCGGUGCUCAUCGCUAUUGGACGCAUAGAUCAUACAAAGCUACUUUUCCGCUGCAAAUUAUCCUCAUCAUCUGUUAUUCCGUUGCUGGUCAGAACAAUAUUUAUAACUGGGUUCGGGACCAUCGUAUCCAUCAUAAAUUCUCGGAAACGUCAGCUGACCCGCACGACGCUCGCCGUGGCUUUUUCUUCUCUCACGUCGGGUGGCUGAUGAUGAAGAAACAUCCAGACGUCAUCAGAGAAGGAAGGAAGAUAAGCAUGAGAGACAUAGCCAAUAAUCCUCUCGUUCAAUUUCAUACGAAGUACUUCGACGUCUUUAAAUUUGUCUUCUGCUUUUUUCUUCCGACGUUGAUACCAGUGUACGGUUGGCAUGAAACUUGGACUAACGCUAUUCUAUCACAGCCUAUAUUGAGAUACGCUUUAAGUCUCAAUUUCACUUGGUCUGUCAACAGCUUUGCUCACAUUUGGGGAAAUAAACCAUACGACAGACACAUAAGACCUGCUGAAAACUGGGGGGUAUCCGCCGUAGCGAUGGGUGAGGGUUGGCACAACUAUCACCACACAUUCCCGUGGGACUACAAAGCAUCAGAACUGGCAUACAUCAACAACAUCACCACAAGUCUCCUCAACCUAUUCGCUAAAAUAGGUUGGGCGUACGACUUGAAAGAAGCUUCGCCGAGUCUCAUUAAGUCCGUUAUAAACAACAGGGGACCAACACAUCACCAUUAACCGUGGUAAAACAAAGUGCACAUUUUAAGGCCGUUCAAAGUCAGGUGAAGAUAAGUAACAAGCGCGUCUCGUGUGAAAUGUCGGGUCGCUAUAAAGUUUGGAUGGCACUAUAUUUUACUUUUAAAUACGUGAUAUUAU